ACCUGAAGGCAGCGGGAGACGGGAGGUGGAGAGAGGUAGAGACUGAACAACAGGGAAAGAAGAGGGGGGGGGGAAAUAGCAAGACCCAGCUAGCGCCAGUACAGUGAGCUUGUUUUCAGAACCUAACCGCGAUUUUAUGAUAUUGGAGAAGGUGUGACUCCACCAGCACUUCGUCUAUUGUGUUGAAAACAGCAGAAAUGAGCACCGGUAGGUAGCUAGGUUAACGUGAAGAGAAAAAGGCAUCUCUCUGGCUUUGACCGUGCAGCCCGAUCGAAAUCUUCGGAUGACAGUUUCUGUGUAAACGUUGGUGAUCCAGCUCUGCUAAACAUCCCGCUGCUCAACAGACCCACCGGUUCUGGUUACAAUAAAAGCAGAGGAGGGUAAACCACCAAACUGUCAAAAUGAAAUUCACUGAGCAUCUCUCAGCUCACAUCACCCCAGAGUGGAGAAAACAAUACAUCCAGUAUGAGGCUUUCAAAGAGAUGUUGUAUGCUGCUCAGGACCAGGCCCCAUCUAUUGAAGUCACAGAUGAGGAUACGGUUAAGAGGUACUACGCCAAGUUUGAGGAGAAGUUCUUCCAGACGUGUGAAAAAGAAUUGGCCAAGAUCAACACCUUCUACUCUGAAAAGCUGGCUGAGGCCCAGCGGCGAUUUGCCACGCUGCAGAACGAGCUGCAGUCAUCGUUGGACGCCCAGAGGGAGAGCUGGGCUAACGGGCGGGGCCUGAGAAAGAGGAAGACGGUGUUCGCCCUGUCGCAGCAGGAGCGAUGCAAACACAGAAACAUAAAGGACCUGCAGCUGGCCUUCUCCGAGUUCUACCUCAGCCUCAUACUGCUGCAGAACUAUCAGAACCUGAACUUCACGGGUUUUAGGAAGAUCCUGAAGAAGCAUGAUAAGAUUUUGGAGACGUCGAGGGGGGCUGACUGGAGGGUGGUCCAUGUUGAAGUGGCUCCAUUUUAUACAUGCAAGAAAAUCACACAGCUCAUCUCUGAGACCGAGGCGUUGGUCACAACAGAGUUGGAAGGUGGUGACCGGCAGAGGGCCAUGAAGAGGCUGAGAGUGCCCCCCCUGGGAGCUGCCCAGCCUGCUCCUGCUUGGACCACCUUUAGAGUCGGGCUGUACUGUGGAGUAUUCCUUGUAUUAAUAGUUACUGUGGUCAUUACAGGAGCUGUGGUGAUCCGGAGUGCUGAUGUUUGGCCUAUGGUCAGGAUCUACAGAGGAGGCUUUCUAUUAAUAGAAUUCCUCUUCCUGUUAGGCAUCAACACCUACGGCUGGAGGCAGGCAGGAGUUAACCAUGUACUCAUAUUUGAACUCAACCCCAGAAACAACCUGUCACAUCAACAUCUGUUUGAGAUUGCAGGUCUGUUGGGGGUGCUGUGGUGCGUCAGCCUGCUGUCCUGUCUCUUCAGUGAUAGCAUUCUGGUACCAAUGCAGGCUAACCCUCUUGCUCUCUACGGACUCUUCUUCCUCUUCCUCAUCAACCCCUUCAAGACCUGCUACUACAAGUCACGCUUCUGGCUGCUCAAACUCUUGUUUCGAGUGAUGACAGCUCCGUUUCACCGGGUUGGCUUUGCAGACUUCUGGCUGGCUGACCAGUUGAACUCUCUGGGUGUGGUUCUGAUGGAUCUGGAGUACAUGAUCUGUUUUUACAGUUUUGAACUGGACUGGAAAAAGCAUGAUGGACUCAUCAGCAGUGAAGGUAGAGAUGUGUGUAAUUCCUACUCGUAUGGAGUCCGUGCGGUGAUCCGGUGUCUUCCUGCUUGGUUCCGAUUCGUACAGUGUCUGCGACGUUACCGUGACACCAAACGGGCCUUCCCUCACCUGGUUAACGCUGGGAAAUACUCCACUUCGUUCUUUGUUGUCACAUUUGGUGCCCUGUACAGCACACAUAAAGCUGAAGCCCACGCUGACACCCAGAUCUUCCUCUAUUUGUAUAUCGGCUGUUUAGUGGUCAGCUCUUGUUACACACUGGUCUGGGAUCUAAAGAUGGACUGGGGCCUGUUUGACCGAAACGCAGGAGAGAAUACCUUUCUGAGAGAGGAGAUAGUCUACCCACAUAAGGCCUAUUACUACAGUGCCAUAGUGGAGGAUGUGCUGUUGCGGUUUUCAUGGACUUUAACUGUCUCCCUCAGCACAGUCACUGGGUUGGACGGCAUCUCUGACAUACUGGCGACUAUACUGGCCCCAAUGGAGGUCUUUAGACGUUUUGUGUGGAACUUCUUCCGAUUAGAGAACGAACACCUGAAUAACUGUGGUGAGUUCAGGGCUGUCAGAGACAUCAGUGUGGCUCCGCUCAAUGCUGACGACCAGACACUGCUGGAGCAGAUGAUGGACCAGGAAGACGGAGUCAGGAACCGCCAAGGCAAGAAGAACUGGAAGAGGAGCUACAGCAUGAGUCUACGCAGGCCACGACUGGCCUCACAGUCAAAGACCCGUGACACCAAGGUUUUGAUAGAGGACACUGAUGAUGACUCCUGACAUCAGGCCACGCCCCUCGCCUGGGUCCAGAAUUUAUUCAAAGGAGGAAACUCCACCUCCUAACCGAGGAAUUACCCAGCAAGUCGGGCGUUAAACUCUCAGCCAAGGAUGGGUUCUAAACUCUCAUGCCUACAUAAUCCUUUCUCCAAUGCAUGAGCCUCUACAUGGGUUCAGAACUAUUUAAAGUAUUUCAAGGGUGGAACUUUCCCCUCUUGAACAAACAACCCACCAACAUGGCCAUCAAAUUCCAACUCCUACCUUCAAUAAUAAUCAGGGGUGGGCUUCUCACUUAAACUCUACCCUACCAAAGCAGUGGGUGAAACACUUCUGUCAUCCACAGCCACCCAGAGGUGGACUUCUCAACUACACCCACUCCUCAGCCAUUGCUUGGGCUCUCCUAAAUGUCUCAGCCUAGCAUGAACAACGCAGCUAAAUGCAAGCCGAUCCCCCUGACAGGAAGUGUCCCUGCUCCCUCUCUGUGCCACGCAGCUCCCACAAAGGGAGAGGCCGACAACUUCCAGCCUACUGCUGUUGAGGGCCAAAAGGUUUUCUCCUCUCCUUUAGUUAUUAGUCUACCUACACCUCAAGGGAUCUCGAGUCAACUUGUAAUUUGGACCUCAAAAUGAACUUAAAGUCCUCCACCUUUCCCCCUUUUGGCAACUUUUUAGGCCUUUUGACCUUCUCCCUGACCCCUGGCCAACAGACUCUGCUGAUGAACAUUUGGUAACGGCACUCAGUCACUGGCUUGACUCCCUCACUCUUCAGCUUGCCCCUUCUAUUCAUCACAGAGCUGCCUACCUGCACCUUACACGCUUUAGAAACGCACACAUACAGAAACACGCACUUUGUAUGAGUGAAUUGGAGUGGAAUGCCUGUUCACACACACAAACCGUGAUGUAUUAUGUUUUAUUGUUCAUGGAUGUGCAACACUUGACCAUUAAUCUUUUUGAGACUCAGAGAAGAAAAAACACACGCUUAAACUUGCGAUUAUUUAUAACCGUGGUUGUAAAUAUGAGACGGACCAAAGUAGGAAGUUGUGUGAAAAUAUCAAAUACUAAAAAAUAAAGUGCUGAGUUCAAACUGCAUGGAACCGCAGCUGGAAUGACUGUUCAGCUGUGGAGCUGAGGAGGGAAACUUUACUUUUGUUUCUGGAAAAAAGCUGAAGAUCACCUUAAUCAUCCUGCAGUAUCUCCCAGUCACCCCAUGUGGAAAAAGUAUCCUCCAUCUGAAAAUGGUUUUACGGAAUGUAUGCCAACUUAUUUAUGUGUGUAUGAAUGGGAGAGGUGCCUAAAUAACACCCAGUCAACCCAUUUAGGCAGAUUAGUUUUUGGAAACUUAAAAAAAGAGUUAAGAUUAUUUCCAAGAAAUCUUUAUUUUGUCCUAAAAUCUUGAUUGAAGACUGAUUGAAAACUUUUGGUUUAUGAAACAGUCUCCUCUGUUAAACGUGUUCAUUGAAAUGUGACAAUGAUGAAAAGGGGGGAGGUCACCUGUCUAUCACAUAUUGGUUCAAACUGUCAGAAUCAAAAGGAUGGUGUAGUUAAUCUUGAAUCUGAAUGAAGUGGCUCUUCUAGCUGGUUUGGUGAUGAAGGACCAAUGUGGGAGUGAAUCUGAUUGGCUGUGUUUGCACUCAUGAGAUACAUGCUAAUGUAACUCGGGUUCCAUAAACACUCCGGCUUGGUUUUAACACUUUAAUGGACAAUGUUGGUUGAAAUAAUUAACGUGUCUGUCAUUUUAAUACAUUUGUAUGUUCAGUAUGUAGUUGUACUAAUCAACACAUUUGUGAGUCUACUGUAAAUGCUCAAAUAGCAACUCUGGCCUUUUUAUUUUCUUAAUGGUGGAGAGAUUCAGGGCUUUAUUUGGAACAGGCUUGUAUUAGAGACAGUAUUUUAUUCUUAAACUCCCCUCCUUCCCAAUUAAUGCAAAAGUCUUCUAUCUUUACCUGUCGUCUGAAUAAAGUCAGUAUAAUGUGAA